CGCCAGGUCGCUGAGCCUCCCCCGCCGGCGCUGCCGCCCUGGACAUCGGCGGGGCCCCGCGCAGUUCCCCCACGUCCAGGACCCACGGCACUGCAGCAAUGUCUCUGCCGGGGAGCAGACGCUCGUCCACUGGAUCACGAAGGCGCCCCUCGCCCCCCGGGAGGGACACCUACGGCACCUCCUCGCUGAGCAGCAGCAGCAAUUCUGGCUCCUGCAAGGGCAGCGACAGCAGCCCCACCCCAAGACGCUCGGCCAAGUACAACCUCUGCAGUGACAACCAUGGGAUAAAGCCUCCAACACCAGAGCAGUACCUGACGCCCCUGCAGCAGAAGGAGGUCUGCAUCAGGCACCUGAAAGCUCGCCUGAAGGACACACAGGAGCGGCUACAGGACAGGGAUGCUGAGAUUGAGGACCUGAAGACGCAGCUGUCACGGAUGCAGGAGGACUGGAUCGAGGAGGAGUGCCAUCGCGUGGAGGCCCAGCUGGCACUGAAGGAGGCCCGCAAGGAGAUCAAGCAGCUGAAGCAGGUCAUUGACACGGUGAAGAACAACCUGCUGGAGAAAGACAAGGGGCUCCAGAAGUAUUUUGUGGACAUCAACAUCCAGAACAAGAAGCUGGAGACGCUGCUGCACAGCAUGGAGGUGGCACAGAAUGGGGCACUGAAGGAGGAGGGGGCCGGCGAGUCGGCUGGGGGGUCCCCAGCCCGUUCCCUCACCCGCAGCUCCACCUACACCAAGCUGAGCGACCAGGGGGCUGGGGACCGCAACGUGGGGGGCUCGCAGACCAUCUCGCUGGACGAGGGGGCUGACAGCGGCUUCGUGGGGGCGGAGGAGGUGCCCGGCCAUACGGACCCACUGGAGGUGGGGGGCGAGCCUGGUGCCCGCCUGCCCCCCAGCUCCACCUACGAGAAGCUGCUGGGGCUGCGGGGCGGCGUGGAGGCUGGGGUGCAGGCCAGCUGCAUGCAGGAGCGGGCCAUCCAGACAGACUUCGUGCCCUGCCAGCCCGACCUGGACACCAUCCUAGAGAAGGUGAUGAAGUCCCAGGCUUGCAGCUUGGGCAGCCCCACCUCAGCCUGGGUCUCUGAAAUGGAAGACAUGAUGCCUGGCCCCGAGCUCUCCAACCCCACCGGGGCCACGGACCUGCUGGUGGCCGAGCCUGAUGCCUCAACAGCGAGUGUCGGGGCCGAAGGGGGUGCCCCCUGCAACCCAGCGGUGCGGCAGCCCCCCAGCGCCAGCCCCUCCGUGGCCAUCGCCUGUGUGGUGGAGGAGGAGACGAUGGAGGCGACUGGCUGCGAGGCCGCCCCCUCCAAGAGCUAUUGGAGCCGUCACUUCAUUGUGGAUCUGCUGGCGGUGGUGGUGCCGGCAGUGCCCACAGUGGCCUGGCUGUGCCGCUCACAGCGCCGGCAGGGCCAGCCCAUCUACAACAUCAGCUCGCUGCUGCGGGGCUGCUGCACCGUCGCCCUCCACUCCAUCCGCAGGAUGGGCUGUCGCCCCGUUGCCAGCCCCAGGGGCAAUGCCCAGCCCUGACCCCCCUGCAACGCCCCCCCGCCUGCCCCAAGGACCUGACCACUGAUUGUAAAGCCCUGGCGUGUCCCCGCUCUCCCGGGGUCCUUCGUUGGCUCCAGCUCAUUAUG